AUGUCACAAUCUGACUCUUCUCCGACGAAGAAACAGAAGCUGGAGGAUGGAUUAGGUAAAGGAAAAUCUCAGAACGAGAUUGGUGCUGUAGGGAUUCGAGAAGAGAAAGAUAAUGAAAUUGAGAAUGAUAAGGAUAAAAUUCCAGACUAUGAUCCUACUGAAAAUGGAUGUGGCGCGCCUACCUCUCCUGGUUACAGCCCUGAUUACUCUUACGGCCCUUCCUGUUCUUGUUAGUACCCUUGCUCUCCUGAUCACAUCCCUUCCUCUCCUUACAACCCUAACUCUCCCCCUACAUCUCCUAGUUACUACCCUUCCUUUCCUGAUUAUGAUCACUUCUCUUCCAAUCCUUACACCCCUCCCACUCCUGGUCGUCGCACCCCUUCCUCUCCUAGUCCUAGUUACAGCCCAACCUCUCCUAGUUACAGCCCUACCUCUCCUAGUUACUCCCCUCGAUACAUCCCCCCUUCCUCCCCUCAAUACCUCCCUACAUUUACUCAAUACACCCCUGCCUUAAGCGACAUGGAAGCUGAAAACAAGACAUCUGAUCAUCUCAAGGAGAUUGGUCAUGAAAGUAGCCAAGUGGGUGGUGGAAAUUACCAUGAUGCUGAGGGCACUCGCAUAAUUCAUGUCCCAUGUUUAAAGGUAGCUCUACUGGUUGGUGCUGCGGCGACUUUACGGUUUCUUCAGCACAGCCUUUGUGCUCGAAUCCGUAUUUUGAAGGAUUCAGAGGUUGACUUGAAGUCUGCACUAAGACCAGUGGAACUAACUGGAACUGUUCUACAGAUCGAGUUUUCUCAGCAGCUUAUCGACUCUGUUCUAGCAGAGAAAUUUGGUUACAAUAAUUUCAGGAGCAUCAUGAAUAAUAAACCCAUGGAAGAGGAAACUAAGAAACCAUCUUCUCAGAAAGAUUGUGAAGCUCUUACCGAGCAAGUCCUUACCGAGUCUGAACAUCUCACGUUUAUUGUGUUAGAGGAGAUAACAUGUGAUGGUCGACGAAACUCUAGAGAUAUGAAGGUUGUAACAGAUAUGGAAGUUCAAGUCAAGAUGCCAAAUGAACUCAAGAAGUCCAAGUGGUACUAG